AUGUUGGUAAAACUGGCUCUUGGCCUUCUCCCAAAUCGUCCGACCGUAAGCGUAAGCGGGUCUAUAUUGAUUGCUUAUCGAUCGUCCUCCCUUGCAGAGCUGCAGCAUAUGCCUGUAGCUCAAUCUUUCCAGUGGUGUUUCAGACACAAAGACCCUAACAUUCUGAAGCCUAUUUUCUCGAGUCAAGUGAUGGAGCCGGAGGUGAACCCAGCCAUUCCCAAUACCCAAAACACGUCACAGGAGAUUUCUGUAAAAGUGGAUCCUGCCCCCACUGAACUGGCCGACAUUGUUGCGUGUUCAAGUGAAGUGAGCCAUAACGUUGAAAUUUUUAAUGCCAUCCGAGAGGUGAUUUCUUGCUGCGCCUGUCUUUCUAGUCAGACAGAAAUGAAGGAGUGCACAAACGGCCACCUAAUCUGUCAGUCAUGUUUCCUCACUUUGCGUCAAGAUGAGACUCCCCAAUGCCCUACAUGCCGGGCCAAUCUAUACUCGGACUCUAGACGCGCGUUGGUCGCUCAAAAGGUGCUCUCCGAGCUGCCCACCUUCUGCCCAAACUGUGGCAUGCGGAUGCUCUACAAGUCGCUGUCCAGCCACCGGUUGCACUUCUGCCCGAAACGACAAGUCAUUUGUGCCCUCACCUGCCUCGGCUGCACUUGGUCCGGUAGUGCUGACAGCUUUCCUGACCACAAAAGAAGCUGCUCCAUCAAGGCCAGUCUCUUGAACCGGCCGCAAGAGGAGAAUCUGACCGCCAUGCUAACCGGUUUUCGUCAGCGUGAUCAUUCACUGGACACUCUGUUCCACUGCUUCACCAGCAUAUUCCGCCACUUCGAGGGGCAUGAACUGCAAACCCUCAGCGUUUUGUUGUCCUGCAUUCGGACUAGCGGGAAUACCCUGAUUUUUCGCAGCGACCACUUUCACGCCAACCAUUCCAAGUGGUCACUUGAGGUACGUCUGGUGCUCGCCGGACCACGGCCGGCCAGCUCCGGCUCCAACUGGCUGUCGAGUGGGCCACAGGCGAAACGAGCUCGCAUGGGCGAAUCCUCCAGAGGCCAGGGCCACUUGGCUGCUGGACAGGAGCAAAACAACAGUCGGCUCUCUGAUGACGAUUUGGCGGUGGACGCGGCAACGGUUACCAGGCAAUCGCUGCACGAACUGUUUUCCGAUGUACAUGAGGCAGAUGCUUCAUCGGAGCAGGCGUCUGAACCGGGACCGGAUGAGGAGACCUACCGUGAUCGGCGUGACACCUUCAGCCUCCCGUUGACCAGCAGCUCGUCACCACGGCGAAGAAGCAGAGCGGUCGGCUACUCCAACUUUGGUGAUAUUCGAGUCCAACGUCAAAGACAGUCACAAUUAGUUCAGCAUCCACAGCAGCAUCUGCUGUUUCUGGGACCUGCUGGGCGAACAGAAUUCAUUGACUCAUCAGCCUCAGUGGACGUGAUGACUGGAGGCAACCAGAUGGUGCCUGAGAUGAUAUCACGUCUGGAGCAACGCGAUGACGGUGGAAUGCUUAACGUAACGAGCAGAGCGGCCGUGGCAGAGGUAAUUAUGCAUUGUUGUUUCGUAAUAAAAUAA